AUGCACUCGGUCACCAUUUCGAGCAUUGCCGUGGCGGCGAUCGCUGCCCUGCCAGCUGUGUCUGCCCACGGGUUCGUCUCGGGCAUCGUCAGUGGAGGCAAGUGGUACAAGGGUAGCGACCCCAACUGGUUUUACGGCUCCAGCAAGCCUCCCACGGCUGGCUGGUAUGCCCUGAACCAAGACAAUGGCUUUGUCGCGCCCGAUGCAUAUGGCACGCAAGACAUCGCCUGCCACAUCGGCGCCACGCCCGGCACUCAAUCCAUUCCAGUGAAAGCUGGAUCAUCCAUCGACCUCCAGUGGAACACCUGGCCCGACAGCCACCACGGCCCAGUCAUCGACUACCUCGCCAAAUGCUCCGGCAGCUGCUCAAAAGUCGACAAGAAGUCCCUGAGCUGGGGCAAGAUCCACCAAGGCGGCCUCCUCAACGACGCUGUCGUACCCGGCAAAUGGGCCUCUGACAAGCUGCUCGCCAACAACAUCACCCACACCGUCAAGAUCCCCGCCUCCGUCGCCCCAGGCAACUACGUCCUGCGCCACGAAAUCAUCGCCCUGCACGGCGCCGGCAGCACCAACGGCGCCCAGAACUACCCGCAAUGCAUCAACCUCAAGAUCUCGGGCUCGGGAAGCGGCGUCCCGUCCGGCACUCCGUCGACGAAGCUGUACAAGGCGACGGACCCGGGUAUUCUGGUUAGCAUCUACCAGACUCUGAAGAGCUACAAGAUCCCGGGCCCGGCGCUGUGGAAGGGGGCGAAGAAGGCGAAGAGGUUUGCUGCAUAG